ACCAAAUUACAGAAAUAUUGACCUACAAAAGCGAUCGAAACACCCUCGAAAAGUUCAAAAUCUCAUAUAAAUAAAUAUGCUGAUGAUCAAAGUUACGUAAUCAAGCGUCUGGAAGAGAAGAAGACGAUGAUGCAAUACCUAAUUCCAGAACCUAAAACAAAAGAGAUUGUGUUGGAGAAAGUGUUAUCAUGUGAUGGUCCAACAACUCUACAAGAAGUCAAAAACUUAAGCUCCAAGCGUAAAGCAGUUGAGGAAUCUGUUAACAGAACCAGCAACGUCACUGAUGCUAUUGCAAGAGAGAUGAACAGAGGAAUUACUUCAUGUGAGCAGGAUCUCCUUAAACUUGGAGAAUACCUUCCUUUACUCUUCAACUUAGUACAUCACGCUGAUAAGAUUAAACAAGUUUCUGGUCUUAAGAUAAGAUGGAGUAGUGGUUUGAUCUCUCAGACCUUGAUUCAGCGUAAGUGUCCGAAGUUCUUUCAAGUCGAUAACAUAAUGUUCGAGCUUGGAAUGGUUAUUUACUUCUACGCACUUAAGCUCCGUGAGAGAGCCAUGGAGUUAGUAUCCACAGAUGUCAAGAAAUCAAUAACACUUUACCGAGAAGCAUCUGGAGUUUUCCAUCAUCUUUCUCAUGAUCUUCUUCCUUCAUUGCUACCUUCUUUGCCUCAAGGGAAGCUUCCAGAACUAACUCCUUGGCUUUGCACUUCUUUAAGUCUCCUCUGUUUAGCUGAAGGUCAGGCUGUAACUACAAAGAACGCUGAAGAAAGUGGUAGAAGCGCAAGCCUAUUGUCGAAAUUGCACUACGGUACUACACAAAUGCUCUCUGAAGCCUCUGCUCAUUUGUCAUCUAGAGCUAAUGGAGAAUGUAAAGACCUAUCGUCUCGCUUCCUAGAAUAUGUAUCAGCAAUGAGAGCUUUACACGAGCUAAAGAGCCAAAAACACUUAGCGGAAGUGCUUGAAUCCGAAGAGAGAGUAGGUGAAGCAGUUGGUGUUCUCCGGCGUGCAUUAGCAGCGGCUAGGAGGAGUAUGCCGUCAAAAGAAGACAAGUGGAUAACAAUAUUCAAGAACGAGAGAGACGAAGUAAGCAAAAAAAUGGCGAAGUAUGAGAAGCUAAACGAUUUCAUUUUACAGAGGAUUCCAGUAGAAACAGAGUUGCCUUUUCCUAAAGGUGAAACGAUUGUUAAACUCUUUCCUUACAUUCCCACAAGAUGGGAACAAGAGCUUCGGUUCAAGUAGAAGGUUCAUCAACUAUACUCUCUAUCUUUUUGGGCUGGGAUAAUUGUGUGCAGUAUCUUACUAUUUUUUGUUUCGUCUUCUGAGGUAUUGAGAACAAAUUAAGCUGUGUAAUAGACUAAUUAAGUUAUAUACUCUGAUCAAUUAGUAGAAUUUUUUUUUUUA